AUGAAUACCCAGAAGGAUGUCCAACCCCCAAAGCAACAGCCAGUGAUCUACCUAUGUGGAGACUAUCACACAGAAAAUGAAAUUAACUCCAGGGAUCCAAUAAGAUGUAGACAGUGUGGAUACAGAAUAAUGUACAAGAAGAGGACUAAAAGAUUGGUGAUUUUUGAUGCUGGAUGA